AAGGAAAGCAGAGGAAAAACAGGGGAAAGGGGAGGAAAAGGAAGGAAAGAAUUAAAGGAGAAAAGAAAGGUUUUUGUUUUUUUUUGGAGGGGUCUUUCUCUUUUCUUCUGGGGAUGAGGGAAAUGUCGUUGUAUGUGAAGAGGGAUGUGUUAGAGGAUGUGGUGAUAAUAGGGGGAUUGAUUGGGGUGCAAUUUGUGUAUGCGGGGAACUCUGUUUUUCUGAGUUAUCUUAUGUCUCUGGGUUUAAACCCUCUCACCAUUGUUAUCUUCUCCACCUUUGCCACCUUCAUUAUUCUCUCUCCUGUCGCGGUUUAUUUCGAAAGGAGCAAAUGGCCAAAGCAAUUCAGUUUGAAGUUAAUGAUUCAGCUGGUUUUGAUCUCCUUUGGAGGGGUAACAUUGUUUCAGUCCUUUUUUCUCAAGGGGAUUAAGCUUACUUCUCCAGCAAUGGCAACAGCCAUGCCAAACCUUGCUCCAGGACUCAUCUUUAUAAUUGCUUGGGCUUGCAGGUUAGAGAAAGUAAAACUGAGUAGCCUGUACAGCAGAGUAAAGAUUGUUGGGACAUUAUUGUGUGUUGUAGGUGCCCUUUCAAUGAGCCUAAUGCACAGCAGUGUCUCACCUAAGGAGUCCAACAGGGCAGUUCCCUCACCUGGCAUGAUCUUUGACAGGGACAAGAUCAUUGGCUGUUUGUACCUUAUGGCUGCUGUCAUUGUUUUGUCAAGCAAUGUAGUGUUGCAGGCCAGAACUUUGGGUGAUUUUCCUGCUCCAAUUUCCCUGUGUGCUAUAACAUCCUUGAUUGGGGUCUUGAUAACUGCAAUGGUACAGUUGUUUGAAGAUCACAAGUUUGAAUUUGAUUGGCCCCUUAUUAGCAUUUGGGACCUAACAGCCUAUUCUGUGCUGGGAGGUACUGUGAGUGGAGUUUGUGUGAGCUUCAAUGGAUGGGCAAUGAAGAAAAGGGGACCGGUACUCGUCUCAAUGUUUAACCCAAUUGGAACAGUUAUCUCUGUCAUUCUCUCCAUCAUUACCUUAGGUGACACCAUCAACAUAGGAAGGUAAAAAUUGGAAGAUAUCAUCAUCUGAAUGCUUAAUAGAUUAUGGAGAUCACA